AUGGCCAAGAAAAGUAGUAAGCAAAGCAAUGGCUCCGUGCAAGGGUCUUCUGCCUCGAGACAAUUCAAGUUUCCAGAUGCACUCAACAACUUGAACACAGUCUCGAAGAAAUUCGAGUAUGUGCCGAUCCCAGAGCGUCUUUUGGACGACAAAGUCAUUAUUAUAAAGAAGUUUUGGCCUGAGUCCCUCACGCAAGAGCUGUGUGCCAACCUUUCGCAGCCUGGGGUCAUGGAAUUGUUUCUUCAACGAGGCACCAAAGAAUACGCUGAACGAUGCAAUGAACGCUUUUCCACUGACGACACCCGUGUAGCACAGCUUGUGUGGCAGAAACUGUAUACCUGCCUUGCACAGGACGAAUAUAUACUGAAAGAGCUUGAGUUCAGUCAGGCCACGGGGCUUAACCCUCAAAUAAGAGCUUAUCGGUACGAGAAGGGCCACAAGUUUGCUAAACACUACGAUUCUUCAUUCAAGGUGCCUAACUCUGGUACUACUCGUUGGACGCUCCUGAUUUAUUUGACAGGAGGCAAUCAAUUGGUUGGCGGAGACACAGUUUUUUAUUCAGCUCAGGAAGGUGAAGCGACUGCCGUACAUCCUGAAGUCGGAAUGGCACUCUUGCACAAGCAUGGCGACGACUGCCUUUUACAUGAAGCCAAAGAGGUCUUCAAAGGUGUGAAGUGGGUGUUAAGGAGCGACGUAGUGUUCUUAUAA